GGGGGGGCGUGGAGGAGGGUUGUAAAGAGUCCUGGGGAUAUGAUGAAUGACUAUAUGGAUAACCUUGUCGAUUAACCUUUGCUAUCUGAGGGUAACGUAACUUGUAUAUUUGAAUAGCAAUGAAGUGCCAAGAGUUGUGCUGUAGAAAUGUGGCCAGUCGAUGAGCUAUUGAUUCACUUCGAUCUCAGGAAUAAGCACUAACAUGCGAGAGUGUUGUGUUUUUUGUAUCACAUCAUUUAAAAUCUGUUCAAUCUAAUUCUAUUCCAUUAAAUUCUAUUAACUCUUGUGGUUAAUAGAAUGCUAUUUAAACCAGCUUUUACUUUAUGUCGGGGAAACUGUGAUAAAAUGGUUCAACAAAUGCGCCGAGAAACUAAAGUUAAUUGUUGUAAAAGAUAAAUGUACACAUUGCGGACCUAUGAGACUGCGUAUCGCCGCCAAUCGUAAAUACCCAGAAUGCUGGGAGGCUUCCCAAUUACUUAUAAAUCACAAACUGUUUGUUUUUUUUACAAAUAAUGAGAUGUAAAAUAUGUUUCGUCAAAGAGAGAGAAGUGUAUUUUAAUUUUGUGAUCAAAUUGCUUAUUCUUAAGACGCAGUAAACCAAUCACCACAGCUGAAAGAAUGGACGUCAUUAGUCUCCGACCUCCAGACCCAAACGCAAAGUCCAGAGAAAAAAGCAAUGAAAACCAUUAUUGCUAUAACAGUUUGAAGAGAGGAAACAAUAAGGCCGUCCGUCGGCUGUUAAAGGCACUGGAAUGUCAACAGAUGAUCAUAACCUCUUGAGUAUGGGGAAUUACUUGAUUGCUUUGACGGACAAAUCCAGCAAAUUGUGGCCGGAAUCAGUCAUUGUGAGAUUAGACAAUGCGCGUAAUAUGUAUUUUCAUUUAUUCCGCUUCGUUACUAAUAACGUAACAGCAUAUUCUAGUGUAUAAAUUCACAUUCGCCAUCCACAAUCCUCCAUUGUGCUCCCGACGAACGCUCAAAACGUCAGCUCUUUCAAGAUCGCUAGGGCGGUUAUUAACCGUUAUCAACUCUACGUUGAUAAUCAUUGGAGUGUUUCCCUUGCCUGUCGAAACCAUCAAACGGUUUCUUCAGAACUAAUAAUUUUAUUCACUGACGUCUCCAUAGGCUCGAUUUCCGCCGCUCUCUUAAGUCCGGUCUAAUGUUUCAGGCUUCCCUGUCUCCAUUCCGAACAACGGCUGUUAGCCUAAUGACAGACUGCAAGGCUGAUAACACGUGAUAGAUGACGUAAGCCGCCCAAAACUCUACAGAAAACGUCGAAGACUCUUUCAACCAAGUCAGACGUAAAUAUAUACCAACGAAACUUCCAAGAAAGCUUUUGUCCUGACCACAAUGUGCGGUCCUCUUCUAGCUGAAUAAUUUUAAACGGAACGGCAUAUUUCAAAUGUUAUUGAUAUUUAUUUGCCAGUUAAUGAAAGCGGAAAACGUAUUUCAACCCUUCCGCCCGCGUAGGGGAAACUGAUUUCUUUUGAUUUUACAGGGUGUUUACUGAUCAAUCAGAACUCGCUUGCGGCCUCAAUUGUCUUAUAAAUAUACGAUAGUACAGGCGCUGCGACUUCAAAAAAGCCAAUCGCACGAAGAAAUAGAGAACGAGCAAUACCUUACAUUUGUUUGAAAGUUCCUGAACAACCAGGAAGUAAUAAACACCGGAAACCGGAGUUUAUUAAUAGCACGUUACUUGUACAUCUAAUUAAGCCACUGAAUGAAACGCAAAUACAUGAGUACAGUAUCUUUCAGUCCGGAAAACUGCAAAAGAUUGUCACAGUUAGAUUCUGGCAGACGUAGGGUGCGGGAUGAACACAUCUCCUUCCAAACACUGCAAUGAAUUCUUAUUUUCAUCGACGCUCAUGUGGCUGCGGUACUUUUCGUCCAUGGCGCUGUCAUGUUCCUUGGAAUUCCACCCCUUUCAGCGUCUGCUCUAGGAGCCGUGGAUUUAGUUAUGGAGAACUCGAGCACGUGUUACCUACGAACAAGAAAACAGGAAGUCUUAAUUUAAAUACAACAAGCUGCAAUAUGUCUGACGACUUUUUCCUCCGGCCAUUCUUGACAAGAGAAGAAUACUCAUAUUGGAACAGCCAUUUUGGCGGCCUUUCGUCCUCUUGCAGUUCAUCCACAUCUUCAUGCGCAUGGUCUUGCGCAUGCGUUUUAAACACCAAAGAUAACACAACUUUGACGUAUCAGCACAUGAAACCUUCUGUUUGCGCCAGAAAUGCCCCAGGUCAACCAUGUACAAAACCCCUGUUUGUUGAUCGCCCUGUGUUGCGCAUCCAAAGCACCAGUGACGGCUUCUGCAGUAACACAGGGUUGGUUACAAAGCCAUCUGUCUCCGAAAAGGUCGCAUCGACCGCCAGCUGUGGAAGAAUGGAAGCUAACGCUCUCCGCUGUAACUAUUCAAUGAGUACGAGUUCUAACAUGAAAAGUCCCAGUGGAUGCACACUCAAUAAGGACAAAGGAGCCAUCGAAAGUCGUUCCCUUGAUGAGAGAUCAAUCCUGCCUCCACACCAAACUGGAAGAAGCCGUCUUAAAAGAUUCUCCAACAAUGGCAAUUCAACCAAGGAUUGUGGUGCUCAUCAAGGACUGACCCCAGAAUUGAGAAGACGACUCAGUGAAAGAUACCUCUGUGGAGACAAGAGCUUUGAAGAAAAUCCUGCUGCACUUUCCUCGCCGACCAGCCAUGAAUGCGUCAAAACUAGACCCGCUGAUCUCUGCAGUCCAAGUAAUACUUUAGUUACAAGUUCAGGCCCAGAGUCAGUAACCACUGAUUCUUGUCCAGUAAAAAGAAAGUCAACAAGUGGAUCAGAAAAUGCCCGUGAUCCGAAAGAAAACGGCAAAAGACCACGCGCUUGCGAUGACGUAGAGGAAACUAACAAAGCUCAAGCACCAAACGAGACCAUAAAUUUGAAUGACACGUUAACUAGCUUCCUAGAUGGACCUCUUUCAAGAAGCAUCUGCCGCGGCAAAAGCGCAAGUUUUAAGAUUAACGAGUCACGUGGGAAGCGCAGAUCACGAGGAAUGAAAAGAUCACGCGGGGUAGCAAAGAGACGCGUCCAAGGUCGACCUGCAGAAAAAAAUAACACCACCAUUACUUCCGAAGGCCGAUGUGAAAUCAGUAGUGCCAAGAAAACCAACUAUCAACACGGAGUUGAAACUCACAGCAUAACUCAGCCCAAGAUUGUACGCACUUUUAGCCUGGCUGACGUUGCGGUUAAGUCAGGUGACGGCAAGCAGGCUCUAAAAGAUGGAAACAAACCUUCUGAAAAAAAGCACAUUGGCGACGUUAUCAACGCUGAGAAGCCUGUUCAUCGGGGAUUGUUGAAGAAUACCAAAUCCUCCCUUUGUGGCAGUUAUGCUUUAGAUUAUGAAUCCCUGCCAAAACUUAUCAGCGUACUUUCCUCGCCGAUGGCUAAAGUUGUAUCGAACUUGAAGACAUAAAUCUGAUUUAUGCAACUAGUUUAACAUUUCAUCUCAGUCAAUAGCAUUCAUCAUUAAUCGUUUCUUGCGAUUUGAAGACUGUCACACGUUACAACUAAUUCGUGGUAACACUCAUAACCCCUUUAAUUAAGCGCAUGGCUUAAAGUUUAGUACACAGUGAUAGGAGCAUAUAUCAGUGAUUUAAAAAAUUAUCCCUAGUAUUACAGGGCCAUUAUCUUGGCUAGUUCCGAAUAAAGAGUUUUUAUAUCUA